UUUAAUCUAUAAUAGCUAAUCUGUUAGUUAUUAUCCAGAGAUCACAAAGAACCCUAGCACCUUCUGAAGAUCUUCAAGCCAGCUGGGACGUGCUCCAAACAAUGAUCUCAAAAAACAUUUGAGAUGGUCUAGUCACAGUCCCGACUUAAACCCCAAUGAAAUGCUGUGGCAGGAUCUGAAACUCACAGUUCAGGCUUGAACACUGAGCUAAAGCAAUUCUGCAAGGCGGAGUGGGCCAAAAUUCCUCCAUAUAAAUAACUACAGGAAACAUUUGGUUGCAGUUAUUGCUGCUAAUGGGGGUGCAACCAGAUAUUGGUUACCUCCAUUCGCAGCAUUAACUUCAAAUAAUGCUAAACGAAUAUUGCUUUCAUUAAUGAAAAAUAUAUUAACUGUGUUGUUGUUCAUGAAUGGUCAUGGAAGGGUUAUGGUUUAAGAUCUAUAGACAUUCAAUGUAAAAUAUGCAAAAACACAGACAAUCAGACAGGGGAAAAAACUUUUUCACAGCACUGAAUUUUUUUUUUUUUCUUAGACCACUUCCACAGUCCAAGAUUCUGGACUGUCUUCUUUUUAUUUCUCCUGCCUUUUAUUAUUUCUUAAGAGGCAGCACACAUUAUCUUCUCCAAUGGAAUGAGAAAAUCUUAACAUGUUUCCUUUGCGUCAGUGCUAGGGUCAAAUCACUCUCCAGGAGCUUGAUGUUACAUAAUGUGAUGUUUAGGCAUUCAUCAGAAGAUAUAAUGUGUCAGCCUAGAUCUCACUCGAUGAUGAGUGAAUACUGGAGCCAAUCAGAAGACGGAUCUCCCAAGGGUAAUCUUAAGUGGGAGGGGAGGCAUAGUAUCCCCUUGUGACCCAACUGAGCAAUGAAAGGCUCAAAAGAGCAAUGGCCACUAAGCAAUCACAUCUUGCAGACGACCUGUCAUGCCCCAUCUGUGGAAGCAUCCUGCAAAAGCCUGUAGUGCUAUUUUGCAGACAUCGCUUUUGUAAACUUUGUCUGGAGAACCUGUGGAAUGGUGGAGGAUCUUGCGAAUGCCCUCUUUGCUGUCAGCCGUCAUCUAUGGGGGAGCUCAUAGUCAACACCAUGCUUGAGAAGACCUGCGAGGGCUUUCUGGAGCGCUGCAAAAAUGACCCGCUUGCGUGCAAGGAGCAUGGUGAGAGUUUGACGCUUUUUUGUUUGGAGGACCUGGAACCCACUUGUAGCAAAUGCAAGUCGUCAGCCAACCACCAGGAUCACAGGUUAUAUCCCUUAAAUGAAGCUUCACACGACUGUAAGGAGGAACUCAAAAAUGCUUUGAAACCACUUCAGGAAAAGCUGAAGCUCUUCCGAAAAGCAAAAGUCACUUGUGAGCAAACAAUAGAGCAUAUUAAGAGUCAGACCGAGAACACAGAGAGGCAGAUACGUGAGGAGUUUGAGGCACUGCACCAGUUUCUGCGAGAUGAGGAAGCAUCUAGGCUUUCCAUGCUAAAGCAAGAGAAGGAUCAGAAGAGGCAGAUGAUGAAUGAUAAGAUUGAAGAUUUGGAGAAUGACAUCACUUCACUCUGCAACACUAUAAGAAAUAUUGAACAGGAGAUGAGAUCUCAGGAUAUACCAUUCCUCAAGAAUUAUAAGGACACUAUAAAGAGAACCUGGCGGGUUCCCCAGGAUCCCGAGAUGAUAACAGGCUCACUGCUUGAUAUCGCCAAACACCUGGGCUCAUUAAAGUUUAAAGUCUGGGAGAGAAUGAAGGAAAUCAUUCGAUAUACUCCAGUGACCCUUGAUCCGAACACUGCGGCAAGCUGCUUCCUCCUGUCAGAGGAUCUGACUACAUUACAGUGCUGUUCUCAGACAUUUAAACUCCCAGAAAACCCUGAGCGUUUCAAUGUCGGCGCAGAGGUGCUGGCCUACGAGGGCUUCAGCUCUGGGCGACACAGCUGGGACGUGGAAGUCAAAAACAACACCUACUGGGUCAUUGGAGUUGCAAGCGCAUCCAUCAGCCGUAAGGGAAAGCAUGUGCUGACCCCCGCAGAGGGAUUCUGGACCAUUAGGCUACGAAACGGAGAAUAUAAAGCCUGUACUGCCCCAUGGUCCCCUCUCACUAUGACUACGGAGCCGCAGGUGGUGAGAGUCGUUCUUGACAUGAACAGGUCCAGAGUAACUUUCUACGACCCACGAGAGAGGACGCCCUUAUUCACCUACACGGACAUAAUCACUCCAAGAGCAUUCCCAUACUUCUGCAGUGCCUGUAAGGAACACCCACUGAAAGUGUUACCAGCGUGGAUCUCAAUUAAGACAGACUGAUGUGAAGAACGUCCCUCUCAGCAUUUUCCUCCCCACAUAUCAACUCUCACGUUACAUGUGUUUUGUGGGGGUCAGUACCAGUUCCACUUGUUUUGGAUUUUAAAAAUCUGACAAAUGUUCUGAACAACAAGGUGAAUCUCACCAAAAAUGUAAUAAAAUGCCUAGGUCACAAUUUUGUGAAAUCAAAAGAAAAUAAUACUACAUACAAUGCUCAGAGUACACACCCUUUGAAUAGUAACAUUUUAAACAAUAUCUCAAUGAACACAAAAACAAUUUCCAAAAUGUUGACACGACUAAGUUUAAUAUAACAUCUGUUUAACUUAUAACAUGAAAG